AGGUUCCUCAGAGGAGGAGGAGGACCAGGGAAGAGAAAGGGUUUCUCCAUGGGUUCUUCAGGGGAUGACUGUGGUGGGGACGGUGGAAAGGCCCCGGGGCCGCUAGGGGGGGGGCUGGGGGCCGGUCCUGAGGACCCAGAACAGAGAGAGCUGAUGGAGUACAGACCGGACCUUCUGGAUCAGAACCAACGACCUUCCAACAUCAUCAUGUUACGCAUGCUGCCACCCAACGCUACCGCCAACGAGAUACGUGCUCAGCUCCAGGACCAGCGGAUUGAUCCAACAGAGGUUCUGAUUCGCCUGAUGAGGAACAAGUCUUCAGGUCAGAGCCGUGGAUUCGCCUUCGUGGAGUUUAAUCACAUACAGGAGGCCUGCCGCUGGAUGGAGACCAAUCAGAGGGUUCUGUCUAUCCUAGGCCAAGAGGGUGUCUACUGCACUACAGUGACCCUAAACCCCGCGCCAAUUGAGGACUGGCUCUGUAACAAGAAGGAUGGCUUACUGCCCCUCCCUGCCCUCUACCAGCCAGCUGCUACCAACUCUACUGCCGUCACCACUCCCAGGGCCGGGGCUGGGGAGCUGACACCCAGCAGGCUGAGUUUCGAUGCUCUGGAGCCUGAGUGUUGUCGCCAAGGAGAGUUCGGACUGUCGGGACCGGAGUUUCAGCUGCAGAGCAACGCUGACAUCCUUCCUCCUAUAGACGGUCUGCUGUACAAGCACCACCUGGACUGGACACAGCGGAGACAAACUAUAUUUUGA